GUGAGCAAAAUGACAGCUGGUUGUUUUCAUCAACAAGGGGAUUUUAAAGUAGACAUUGAAGCGUCAUGUGGUAAACGCCUCUUGAGACCUUCCUGUCCUGGGCACCACGCACCGAAUCCUGACAACUGACCAAAGAGGAGGCAGCAGUGUCUGUCAGCCCCAUCAGCCACUCUGGAGCCCUCAGUGCAGAAGCAGGAGACAGCGAGCAGUGACAGUGGUCACAUCAGUGGAAGUGUCUCUUCAGGUAACUUGCCGUUUCCCCUUGUGUUUCCCACCCUGAUUGUUUCCACCUGUUUCCUCAUUACCGUGUGUAUAUACAUGAAUCCGGCGAGCCGUUUGUGUUUCACCAGCUAACCGCGCCGGCAUAUUCUUUCCUACUCAGUAGCAAAUUAUGAUUUUAAAACUGAGGCGGAGGCUGCUCAGUGGGACGAAGCCAUGGAGCCACUGGAGGAUAAAUAUGGUCGUUCCUUUGUGGAGGUGAUGAGUGAAAAGUACAGCCCAGAGAACUUCCCGUACCGCAGAGGACCUGGUAUGGGUGUGGUGGUUGUGCCCACUGCAGGACCUCAAGGUUCUCCCAUGAAAGACCGUCUGAACCUACCCAGUGUGCUGGUGUUGAACGGCUGCGGCAUCAGCAGGGCCGGCGCCCGGGCGGAGAUUGCUGCUUUCUGCGCCCAUGUCAUGGAGCUGGACUUGUCCCAUAACAAGCUGCAGGACUGGCAUGAGAUCAGUAAAAUAGUGUCCAGCAUUCCAAACCUGGUGUUCCUGAACCUGAGCUCCAACCCUCUGGCAGGAAUGACCCUGGAGCCGCGGUGCGCUGAAGCCUUUUCCCGGGUGCGACGCCUCGUCCUCAACAACACCCAAGUAUCCUGGGACACUGUGCUGCUGCUCACGAGGGAGAUACCUGAUCUGGAGGAGUUGUUCCUGUGCCUUAAUGAGUACAGCAGUGUGAGUGCCUCCAGCGUGGCGUGCCCGAACCUGCACCUGCUUCACAUCACCGACAACAGCCUCCAGGACUGGGCCGAGGUCCGCAAGUUUGGCUCCAUGUACCCCAUGUUAGACACUCUGGUCAUGGCCAAUAACAACCUGGCGUCCAUUGAGGACAACAAAGACAUCCUGCAGCGGCUUUUCCCCAAACUACGCAGCAUUAACCUGAACAACGCAGGUCUAAACCAAUGGGAAGACAUUGAGAAGUUGAACUUCUUCCCCAAGUUGGUGGAGGUGCGACUGCAGGGCAUUCCCUUACUGCAGACCUACACCAACGUAGAGCGACGGAGCCUCAUGAUCGCACACCUUCCUGCGAUAUCACUACUGAACGGUAGUGUUGUGACGGACAGUGAGAGAGAAGACGCUGAGAGGUUCUUCAUCCGUUAUCAUUUAGACUAUCCAGAGGAGGAGCUGCCAUACAGAUAUCAUUCUCUGGUAACUAAAUAUGGGAGGCUGGAACCACUUGCUGAGAUUGACCUCCGACCUCGCUGCCGUGCCCAGGUGGAGGUUCACUGUGAAGAAAAAGUGGAAAAGCUGAGCAUCCGUCUGGACCAGACAGUGGCCGAGCUGAAGAAGCAGCUGACGACAGUGGUCCAGCUGUCCACCAACAGCAUGAGGCUCUACUACAUCGACAAGUUCAGCGUCUUCGGUCCAGAAGAAAUGAAGUACAACACCCGGGCUCUCCACUCCUACAGCAUCCAAGACGGUGAUGAAUUUCUGGUGGUACCCAAGAGCAAAUGAAUGGCGGGUGACAAACUGGCUGAUUAGAGUGACUCCUUAAUUGAUUGGUUCAUCGGAUUAUUUGUUUACUUGCCAAUUGGCAUGGCAGAAUUUGAGGGAAAAAAGAUGCGUCUGGAACAGCACCAGCGCCCCCCGUUUGGAACGGAAAGAAAGUUAAAAGUUAAAGGUUAUGUGAAAACAAUCACAGAGACUGAACAGUGGUGCCACUGUGAGGCUGUAGUUGGAAAAGCCAGCAGUCUGGAGAGUAUUGUGUCUUUAUUUCAGCUUUACAUGAGGGUGAAGUGCACAUAUCUGUCUCGUGGACAACUACUGGCCGAGAGAGCCAAACACACUGUCUGCUAGCAGCUUCAGCUGUACCAGCAAGUCUCGUAGUACAUGGCAUGUACCAUAGCAACAUGGACAAGCACCCAACACCACUGGCUUGCCCACUCGUCACAAAAGCUACCAUUAUUAGUGAUGAGGCUGUGGCACUGCUGUUUUCAUUUGCACUUUUACUGCAGCCACAAAAUCAGGAAGAGCAAUGUCUGUUUAAGAAGACCUGCCUAAAGGGUUUAGUUGUUAGUCAGUGUAUUUAUUUUACACUUUAACUGGAUAAUGAACAACAGUAGAUGUUGGGCAAGGAAUCCUUUAAUGCUCAUCAAUCAUAGUAAGAUUUGAAACCCUUGUGUCCCCCUCCAGGCACUAAAUACUACGCUUUACAUAACUUUUAACAUUACAACUUGUGCUUCCACAUUAGUCACAGAAUCAUCUUGUGUGCACACGUGUACAUGUUAAAGUGUAACAGAAAUUUAAGGUAAUAACAAUAAUUAUGAUAUUGACACAUUAUAUAAAAAUAAACUUUGUAUAGCGCUCAUUCUCCUCCACCAAAGUCCAUGGAGACAAUAUGUGUUUUUAGCUCCUAACACAGGAGCUGCAAUUCUAGUGUUGCAUCUUUUUCGUUGGUUCAUUGCUUACUUUAUGUCACUUUUGGUGAAUCUGAUUUCAAUCAUGAAAAGUCACCAACAUAACAGGUGGAGGCAGCAGUGAAUCAAAAUCUCCUCUGUGCUGUGAUUUUAAAUCACAGAUUUUCUCUAUGGACUUUGGUGCGGGAGAGUGAGCGCUUUACAAAGCGGCAUAAAUGUCAGUUUAUGAUUUGUGUUAGUACUUCAUAUACAGUAACUAUCCCUGUAGCACAAAUUAAGUUAAAAUAAGAUUACAGAUGAGUCUAUUUAUUCUAAGAUCUAAGGAGAGAGUAUUCCAGAGUCGUAGACACAGAAGGUGAUCUUAAUAUAGUAGAGUAUUACAUAGUAGAUAAUAAAUGAAAAGGCUUUAUGAGAAAAUGGCUUCAGGAGUGCAAUGAUCAUAGUUAUAUCUUUAAGUACUGUAUAAUGUUUCUCUGAACAUUAACGUUUUCUUCAUAAUCACACACCAACAUCUAAUAUUUCUGGGUGAGUUUUUUAACUUCUGCACAUGCACAUACCCUCACAGACUGUGUGUCAGGUCAUGUGCUGCCCCCUACAGGCUUUAUCUGUGAGGUAUUUGUGAGGAAAGACACACAGACACACACACACACACACUAUGAUACCGAAGACAAUCUCUAUAAUAAGUUUAUCGUCUACAUUUAAAAAAUGUAUGUUUCAGUCAGUUACUGUGGCUUCACUUGACUUGUGCUGUGAUUUAUUUAUUUUUUAAAUUCAUUUUGUGUUUCUCAACAUUUUAAUGUUAAUGAUAAUAUUUUAAUGUUUGCAACAUGGUUCCUCUGAUUUAGCACAUGUGAUAAUUUCCCAUGUUACUUGGCUUUAAUAGUUUCUGAUUAUGAUAAUUAUUGUUAUUUUAUUAAUUUCACAAUGAUAGCAUUUUGUGUGGGAUUUAUUCUCUACUUACUCUUGUGAGUUGUGUUUUUGUGGUAUUUCUAUAAUUACUUGCUAAUGGCCUUGUGGUGGGCAUUUAAAUGCUAAUCAGGCUUAAACAUGGUACAGUAAUUGUCCUUAAUGAGAUGCUGAUCUCAAUGUAGUGCAUCUUUAAAGAAGCUUGACAACUGGUGUUACAAACUAGAACAGUUUGACAGACGUGGGCAUUGACCAUGGGUUAUCUAUCCAGAUGCUUUUCUGAAGAAUUAGGUUAAAGUGAUGAGGGUUUGGUUUAGUUUUGGACUGAAAAUUAGAAUGGGAUGGACACUGCUGCUUAAAUAUCCAGAGAAGUAGGAGGUCUAUCAAAAUUAGAAACAUUUGGCCAUGUCGCACAAAAGCACUACAACAUCAGUUGGUUGCAAUAUGUAACUUCGACCGCCACUAAAUCCUACACACUUAAAUUUGGCCUUUUAUAAUAGUACAAGAGUCUUUUGCUGGAGGCCACAGUUAACCUGCGCACUAUCCUUCGGUCAUUUCUCUACCAUAGCAGGUUAUGUCCCACAAACAAGUUUAUUUGGCAUCUCAGACUUCACCAAAGAUGACUCAUUGGCUCGUUACUGCUUUAAUGUGGACUGUAUGCCACUGUGUAUUGAUUUUAACAUGCAGCGUCCACCUUGUAUAAGAGGAGCAACGUUGUUAGAUGUUGGAUUCUAUUGCUUUUUCCUAUAGCAAGCAACAUAAUAGUAUGGGGUUCCUGAUACAGUAUUGCAGUAAAGGAAAGAGCUGAGUCAUCAAGCCACAAAGUUAAAGUGAUAGUUCAGGUUGUUUGAAGUGGGGUCGUAUGAGGUUCUGACUUGUAGUCAGCACUGACACCGGGACUCUUCCUCUCACUUUGCUCUUUGCUUUUUUUGUACUUCUUUGUAAACCACAUACUCCCUGCAUCAAAGCCCAGAGACAAAAUCUGUGAUUUUACAUCAUGGUACAAAAGAGUUGAGUUCAAAUGUGUUAUUUUGGGACUUAAAGUAUUAAACUGACCCUGUUUGCAAGUCACACACACUGACCAACAAGCAGCAGUAAACAGCUCCUCUGAAUUAGAAUUCAUAUUUUUUGCACUCACACUAGUGAUAGUGAAUUAGUCCUCUGUAUUUAACCCAUGCUUAUUACACACCAGUGAUCAUACAAAAGCCGGGCGCAGGAGCAGUGGGCAGCAUUUAUCUGCACUGGGGGUAUUGGGUGCCUUGCUCAGGGUUACCCCAGCCCUUGGCCCCGGGAUUGAACCAGUGACCUUCCUUUCAGUAUUAAGUCAGAUUCCUUUUCCUCUUUGCGGCCCCCGACAGUCCCUGUGAGCUUAAAAUGUUGAUUUUUCUCUAUGGACUUUGGUGCAGGAGAAGGAGCGAUUUACAAACACAGCUUCCAGUAUAUGUUAAGGCUGACCACCUGUGGAGAGAUAAAGCAGCAUACGACAUCAUAGAAUGUAGAUUUUCAUCAGGUGAACCUUCCGUGUCCUUGCUGGCAGCCAUGUUUCAGGGAGAUGGUUCUGGUUCUCUGGUUCUCAGUGCAGUGGACAUGCCGGGGAAGCACACAGAGCAGUCACUAUCAAACAGUUUGUGUCAGUACCUCAUACAACUGUCUCUGUCUCUUUAAGUCAGUUGUUUGUG